ACAAUCAGCAACUGCAGUAUCGACCACAGGAUCCACCAGAUCCUGUUUCCCGCCGUCUACAUUGGGGUCUUCAUCAUUGGCCUCCCGACCAACCUGCUGUCCCUGUAUCACAGCUACCUACAGAUCAGGCAGAAGAAUGAGCUGGGAAUCUAUCUCUGUAAUCUGACCAUCUCAGACCUUUUGUACCUCCUUUCCUUACCUUUGUGGAUUCAGUACAUGCUGCAGCACGAUGACUGGCAACAUUCUCGGGAACUUUGCAUCUUCAGCGGUCUGCUCCUCUACCAGAAUAUUUACAUCAGUAUUGGCUUCCUCUGCUUCAUUGCCAUUAAUCGCUUCCUUGUUGUGGCUUACCCUCUGAAAUUUAAAUUCAUACACAGCAGGAAGGCAGCUUUGCUCAUCAGUAUUCUCAUCUGGCUCAAGGAGAUAGCCGUCUGCACCAUUUACAUGGGCUCCAAGGUUCUCAGUAAAGACGAGGGGAAUGACACCCUGUGUUUCGAACAUUAUCCUCUGCGCCUAAAGGACAAAUAUUUAAAUAUUUACAAACUCUCCAUUGGCUUCGGUCUCCCUUUGAUUUUAUUCCUCUACUCUUACUUUAAACUGUUGAGGGUUGUGCAAAAUCUCCGUGGGUCUGAACGACAGCGGAAAUUAAGAAUAAAAAAGUUAGUAUCUGGGAUAAUCAUAAUUUUCCUGGUUUGCUUUGCCCCUUAUCACAUUUUCCUGAUGGUCCGAAGCAUAUUUGAGUACGACUGUCCCUUUGCUGACAGUAUUUUUGAGGUUUACCAUGUCGGGCUGCUGCUGAUGAGCUUCAACUGUGUGGCUGACCCCAUCUUGUACUGUUUUGUCUCUCCAAGUUCAAAGGGUUGGUUAGCAAGGUUUCUCAAUCCUGUUAGCAAGCUCCUUUCUUGUGCAAAAAGGCAAACAAUCACAGAUGAAAACCUCAGUUUGAAUUAAUAUUGAACCCAUCUCUCAAGCUCAUUUCUCUUUGCCAUUCCAUCUGAAUUAUUUAGUUGAACCGUUUGCAUUGUAAUAACGCCUUUAACAUAGUAAAACAUCCUCAGAUAUUUCACAAUGAUUGAAUUAAACUAAAUGUUGCACCAACAUGGAGAGAGCUGUAUAAGAAAUCACAGUGAGUUUGUUGUACUGUCAUUUUCAGCUCUCUGCUACUUUAAAUCAUUUUCACCUGUCCUUUGCCACCCAAUUCCAAAUUGUCAUUCCUCAGGUGUUUGGAGUGAAACACUGCAAACAUUUUAAAUUGAUCCUUUCACUAAAUUUGUUUCAACAGCUCAUAGCACAUGUCUGAGAUAGGUGGGACUUGAACCUCAAACGUCUGAUCCAGAAAUAGGUCAUUGCUACUGCAUAACCAGAACUAGCUCCAGCCCCAUUAUCACUGAAAUGUCUCCAACACUAUUGAGGGAGACAAGGUGAAUGGCCAUUGAUGAGUGGAGCAAGCCUGAGUUUGCAGCUCCCUCUCCUGGCAGUUCUGAAAACUGCAGGCAAUGUGAGCAGUGUCACAAUCACUGAUUUGUAUUCUCAUCUUUAUAAACAUUGCAGGAGGCCAGUAUAAAGUUGGUAUCAGCAUAUAUCAACUUAUGAGGGGUUCAGGUACAUAAUUCUUUGAAGUUUGC